AUGCAACCACAAGACCUUGACUCUGAGGCUGUUUCAGCAGAAGUCAAUGAGACUGUUGCAAGUCCUGGAUCAUUGCUGCAGACGAAUCCAUCCCACAAGAGCAACAUUGUCGUAACACCAAUCGACCAGGAUGAAUCGACAUCGACCAACACCACCAAUCCUUACUUGGCAUUGCGUCAAUCCAACAUUGCUCGCAAUGAAGCCAGGCUACGAGAAUUGGGAUUGUUGCAGAAGUCUCGUCGUCCUCCGACCCAAGGUGUGAAACGAUCCAGGCCAACUAAUAGUGCCGCUAGUAGUAGCAACCAUCAGCCCGUGAGACGGUCCCGACGCAUUCGUUCUUCCAUCAGCUACAAGGAAGAAGAUCAUCAAGGGAAGACUGAUAAAGACAACGAAAAGGCGUUCGAAGAAGCAGACGACUUUAUCCCCUCGGAAGAAGAAGACGAGGAUGCGGAUCGGACUGACAAUAAUAAAACAGAUCCACGGCCCAAUCUUCUUAGGCGGACGACGACGACCACAACGAGAUCCGCUGCUGCUGUUGUGGUGCACAGGCCGAAACAGGAUUCUUCCAAGAAGCAGUAUUCGUCGACACGGCAACAACAACAACAACAACAACCACAAACCAAGUACCCCCCAAAACCACCCCCGGUCAGUCUCUCUCCCAAUUCCGCCAGGAACAUUUCCAUUGAAGUUCCUCGUCUCGUCCUCGAUCCCGAACAGGGUUGGUUGGGAAAACCAAUGACAGCCACGGGAAAAGCCAUUGUCAUGGAAACGGCAGCCCAAUACUUUUCCUCCGACACACAACAGCAACAACAACGAAAGAUUUCCUUUAACAAGUAUUGUGGGGCCCAAGACUGGAAGCAAGGCAUCUUUUUGUGGGUCAAUCUGGGUGGCAAGGACAGCAACAAUGAUGUCAAGAAGAAGAAUGACUUUUAUGAACAAGGACGCAAAAUGACAUGGUACGGGGGUUCUCGCAUGAAGCCAGAAUCCAACAUGAUUCAAAAGCUACUGCAAGUGGGCAAGCUGCCAGUAGGUAACGCAACAACAUCCGAUGGCAUUGUCCUGUGGUGUCGUCGGUAUGAAACUGCAAAACGCACUUUUGGACCGUACUAUUGUAUGGGUAGAUUGAAAUAUGAAUCGCACAAUCCCAACGUCAUGCCGGUUACCUUUGUGUGGAGACUGCUGGAUUAUGAGGCAUUGAUGGCACGCAAAAACAACCAAGUAGUGCAAGAAAUGAUCCUGUAA